GGUACGGCCGCCUUGUGCCGCCCGGCUCUUGCGGCUGCUCCUGGGGCUCCAGCCGCUCUUUUCUCCUCGGUUAAACCUCUCAGGGCAUGCUCGGAGAACUGGGGCUCUGGCGGCGGUGCCGGUCGGUUCCCACCGAGCCUCCCUCAAGCGCCGCCUCAGCUGCUCUGUCCCCAUUCCUUACCCCUGCCUAGCCUGGCCAGGCGCUGGCUAGGAUUAAAAAUAUGUGUAUAUAUCGCUGAUUUUUCUUCCUCACAUACCUGCGACUGCAGCCACUCCGCCUUACUCCUGCGCCCAGCUGAGUGAGGCUUCCUGUGGGCGGGCAGAAGUUCCCGGGCCAAAACAAAUUCAAAUAACUUUGUUCCUUGACCUCCGCUUUUCCUUAGCUCUUCUGCUUUCCUGUAUUCACUUUUCCUGUGCCCCCUCUCCCCACGUGUGGUAAAGGCACCCGGCGAUGGGCAGUGUGUGACGCUUGCUGCUGUAUCUCCAAGUGUGUGCCCGGAGUUUGCAGUUCCUCGUUCCUCCCGAGCCCUGCAUUUCCUCACCACCGGACACUGCUUUGCUAAGGACCAGCUUACACUGACCUAUCAUGGCAUCCAACAAAUUUGUCAUUAAGUGUGGGAACUUUGCUGUCUUGGUGGAUGUUCAUACUUUGCCUCAAGGUUCCAGUAAAGACACCAGCUGGUUUUCAGAUCAUGAGAAAGAGGAGGUCUGCAAGCUGCUAGAAGAAGUUGUUGCUUCAAGGGUCAAACACUACUUGGAGACACGUAAACAACGUGGUCAGGGGAAACCAAUGGAACAUGGAUCAUCUCGGCCUUUGUUUCUUACCGAGCUCCGUGUGUUUCCAGAGAAAUUUAUUGUUUGUGUCAGUAAACUUGACUUUGAUCCAAGUGCUUGGACAUGUGACAGUGUUGGAUUGAAAGAAGAACUUUCCAGUGGGACGUCUGAAUAUUUUACUGAAUCUGCUGAGAACAAGAAGCUUAAGAUUAGUCUGAGUGAACAAAUAAAGCAAGACAUCCUGAGAAAAAUUGUGAAGAGGACAAAACCAAGGAGAAGCAGUGCAAGCAAACCUCAAAUCAGCAAGAACUCCAAGGAAGUGGAUCUUGGCUCAGCAGACUUGCAGACAGAGAACAGAAAGAAUGACCGUCAGACUUCUCUCGGCACUCGGUCUGAUGUGAAACGGAGGAGUCCAGGCCUGCUGAAGGACUGCACAAACACAGCUGAGAGCAGCUUGGAGCUUCCUGUGUUAGAGCAGAGAAACGAUGUUAAUCAGAGACAGCCAGAUGAUGUUCACAGCCAGAAAAAACCUCACUCUCUGGAGUGGUUGGAGACGAGUCUCCUAAGUGAGAACCCUCCUUACAGCUCUGAGUCAGCACUGCUGGCUCCAAAACAAAGUCAGAGAGUGACCAAAACACAGGCGCAGCUGAAGACCUGUGGUUCAGAGGAGAGGUUGGAGCAUUUCACAAACGUGUCCUCUGAAGAGACUCCUUCAACUUCUAUCAGUACAGAAAUGAGUAAGAGCGAUGAUAAUUGUUUGGAUCCACUCCUGGAGAAGACACCCCUUAAUUCCAGGUUGAUUUCGAAGCAAGACAUGACAAAGACUGUGGUCGACAAGAAAUCAUUGACUUUGAGAAAAAACCCCUCCUGGUCUCCUUUUGUGAGCAACAGUGGAGUGCAGACAAGCCAAAAUGAGCCAAGCACAGCCACUGAAGAGCUGCCUGCAGUGCCAACAUCAUGUCUAGAACUGAACCCCGUGUCUUCAGAGAAGCCUUCCCAAAAAAGAAAAAAAGAAGCGGAAAAUGGUCUCGGGAAGUUAAAACUGCGAAGGAUUAAGAAGUCAAAAUCUGAAAUACUGCCUUGAUAGCGUGGCUAGUCAGCCAAGGUUGUGCGUAAGCAAAGAGUAGGAAGCAAUUCAAAAUGAUGGAAAAUAAGAAAAAUACAAAAUCAAAAUUAGAGAACACAUUUUAAGAAAAUUUAGUUAACUAAGGAUCUUGGUCAUUUGGCACUGUAGUAAAGGUAAUCCUUUUAAGUCUUUAGGAAUUAAUCAUUAUUAUUGCACAAGUCAGCAUCAUAUUUAUAGAAAGAAAAAUCUCUUAUAAAAUAAUAUUUACUAAGCAAAGUUUUAGAUUUAUACAUAUUCAGUGCUAUUAAACAGUCAUACCAGCUGGUGACAGCAAAAGUUAAAACCCCUUAUUGUGAUCUGUUAGCAGCUGCAGUUAUUUGGUAUCUUGCUUGUUUCUGAGCAUGUAGUUUAUUUUAGUAAAAAUUAUCCCUUUCUGUUAGAAUGUUUGUGGUUUACUCACAUGAUCUUUACAACCAUAAAGCAAAUUAAGUUUAUUUCAAAUAACUCUUUAACUGGGAUUAAUAGCUGAUGAUUUGUUGCCCACUUUUUCAGAGAAGUUUCAAAAUAACUAUAGUUUCUGCUUAUGUAGUUUUGAUAUGAACAUUCAAUUCUAGCCCAUGUUGUGGAUACAAGUCAUCAUGCAUUCAGUCUUGGGGAAAAAUGUUUUUAUAUAUUUAGAUUUAUAUAUUUGCAUCUGGAUGCACAAACAUUGUUCCUGGGUGAAGUUCAUAUAUAAACAUGUAUUCACAUCUUCAUGGAUAUGUGUUUCAAAAUCAAGCCUUGCUUGUGUGCAAGGGCAACACACCAGUUUUCAUGUGGUGGUAAUACCAGAGUUCAAUCUUAUUUCAAGAUAAAUUUUAAUUUCACGGUGCUUGUUCAUCCUGCUUCUUGAAUUUAAAUGCUAAUGAGCUAAGGAAAUGUACCUUUUUUAUUUCAUGCUUAUCUUUUUUAUU